GAGGGGCGGCAGGGUUAGACAUUGCCGGCAAUGAAUGAAGCCGAGAGCUUCUUCUCCGCAUAGACUUGCUGAAGCGCCCCUAGUGUUUUCUGCGUCCUCCCGCACUGGAAGUGGCGGCGGGGCUGCUCUGUUCCUUUAGCGGCAAGGACCGAGCCGUGUCCCUCCCCUCUCUUUCGGCCAGGCCUGGCCUGGCCUAGCUCCGAGAGGAGGAGAACAGGGAGGAGCCGCUGCUGUCGCCGGAUGCGCUGAGGAAGCGGCUCCGGCUCUCCUGCGCAGCUCGGCCGGCCGCUCACCUGAGCGCGCAGUGGAAGCCGGAGGAGAAGGAGGAGUCGGCCGAGCCGCCGCCGCCGUAAUCCCGGCCCAGGGGGCGGCGGCGAAGGCGGCCGAUAGAGAAGCCAUGGCUAGGACCCCGGGAGCCUAGGCGGGCUGCCGCGCUACCCGCUAGGAGCGCCAGGCGAGCAAGGGGCCCGGUGCAAGGCGCACCGCAAAGGCCUGCGAGCCCAUACCCGGAGAGCCAGCGCCAAGUAGUCGCUCGGCCGCCGCCCGCGCAAAGAUGUCCACCCGUACGCCGCUGCCCACCGUCAACGAGCGGGACACCGAGAACCAUACUUCUGUUGAUGGAUAUACAGAGCCCCAUGUCCAGUCCACAAAAUCAAGUAGCAGGCAAAACAUACCCCGUUGUAGGAACUCAGUCACAUCUACAAAUGAAGACCAUCCUCACAUUGGAAAUUAUCGCUUACUCAAAACAAUAGGAAAAGGAAAUUUUGCUAAAGUGAAGUUGGCUAGACAUGUUCUUACUGGUAGAGAGGUUGCUGUGAAAAUAAUAGAUAAAACUCAGCUAAAUCCCACCAGUUUACAAAAGUUGUUCCGAGAAGUACGAAUAAUGAAGAUAUUGAAUCACCCUAAUAUUGUUAAAUUGUUUGAAGUAAUUGAAACUGAGAAAACAUUGUACUUAGUAAUGGAAUAUGCCAGUGGAGGAGAAGUAUUUGACUACUUGGUUGCACACGGACGAAUGAAAGAGAAAGAAGCACGUGCAAAAUUUAGACAGAUUGUGUCUGCUGUGCAGUACUGUCAUCAAAAAUGCAUUGUUCAUCGUGAUCUUAAGGCAGAAAAUCUUCUUCUUGAUGGAGACAUGAACAUUAAAAUUGCUGAUUUUGGUUUUAGUAAUGAAUUUACCAUUGGCAAUAAACUGGACACUUUUUGUGGAAGCCCUCCAUAUGCUGCUCCUGAACUCUUUCAAGGAAAGAAAUAUGAUGGCCCAGAAGUAGAUGUCUGGAGCCUUGGAGUCAUUCUUUACACUCUAGUUAGUGGAUCGUUGCCAUUUGAUGGUCAGAAUUUAAAGGAACUGAGAGAACGGGUAUUACGGGGGAAGUAUCGGAUACCAUUCUAUAUGUCCACAGACUGUGAAAAUCUACUGAAAAAACUACUUGUAUUGAAUCCAGUCAAGAGAGGGAGUUUGGAACAAAUAAUGAAAGACCGAUGGAUGAAUGUUGGCCAUGAAGAAGAAGAAUUAAAGCCAUAUAUUGAGCCUGAACCAGAUUUUAAUGACACCAAAAGAAUAGAUAUAAUGGUCACAAUGGGUUUUGCAAGAGAUGAAAUUCAUGAUUCCUUAGUAAGCCAAAAAUAUGAUGAAGUCAUGUCUACAUACCUGCUCCUAGGUAGAAAACCACCUGAGUUUGAAGGAAGUGAGUCCUUGUCCAGUAGUAACCUGAGUCAAAGAUCUCGACCAAGCUCUGAUCUCAACAACAGCUCUAUGCAUUCUCCUGCUCAGCUGAAAGUCCAGAGAAGUAUAUCGGCUAAUCAGAAACAACGGCGGUUCAGUGAACAUGGUGGGGAUGGCAUUCAAACAAUUGGCCCAGCAAUUCCUCCUGCUGUCUCAUACUCAAAAAGGAGUCAGGCAAAUAGUGUGGAGAGUGAACACAAAGAAGAAUGGGAUAAAGAUGUAACACGUAAACUUAGCAGCACUGCAGUUGGGUCGAAAGGAGAGAUGACAGCAAGCCCACUUGUGGGCCCGGAAAGGAAAAAAUCAACUCCUGUUCCAAGUAAUAAUCUGUUUGCUGGGACUAGUAUGACUCGAAGAAACACCUAUGUUUGUGAAAGGUCUACAGAUCGCUAUUCUGCCAUACAGAAUGGAAAAGAUAAUAGCCUAACAGAAAUGUCUGCAAGCAGCACCUCCUCUGCUGGCUCUGCUGUCACUUGUGCAAUAUCAACCCGACCUCGACACCAGAAGUCCAUGUCUGCCUCUGGACAUCCAAUAAAAGUCACAUUGCCAACUAUCAAAGAUGGCAGUGAAACUUACCGGCCAAGCAGUGCAACUCAAAGAGCCCCAGCUGCUUCCCCAUCUGCUCACAGUAUUAGCACUACUACUCCAGACCGAACCCGCUUUCCACGGGGGAGUUCAAGUCGCAGCACUUUCCAUGGUGAGCAGCUACGGGAGCGACGCAACGCCACUUACAAUGGGCCACCUGCAUCACCAUCGCAUGAGACAGGCACGUUUGCUCAGACUAGAAGAGGGACAUCAACAGGCAUUAUCAGCAAGAUAACAUCCAAAUUUGUUCGCAGGGAUCCAAGUGAAGGCGAAGCCAGUGGCAGAACUGACACCUCAAGGAGCACUUCUGGGGAACCAAAAGAGCGAGAGAAAGAAGAUGGCAAAGAUUCUAAGCCACGGUCUUUGAGGUUCACCUGGAGUAUGAAGACCACGAGUUCCAUGGACCCAAAUGACAUGAUGAGAGAGAUUAGAAAAGUGUUAGACGCUAACAACUGUGACUAUGAACAAAAGGAGAGGUUCCUGCUUUUCUGUGUUCACGGUGAUGCUCGACAGGAUAGCCUUGUCCAGUGGGAGAUGGAAGUUUGUAAAUUGCCACGCCUAUCGCUCAAUGGAGUCCGCUUCAAGCGAAUAUCUGGGACUUCGAUCGCCUUUAAGAACAUUGCAUCCAAAAUAGCAAAUGAGCUUAAGCUGUAAAGAGCAGCACCGUUUCUGGGAUCAGGGAAGAUUCAUAUGUGAUCUAAGCUUACAUUUGAAUGUACUGGUUAUGCCUAACAUUGAUUGGCCUGUGAAACUCCCCAUGUAGAGAUUGUCCCUAUUGCAAUAAGGUUAUACAUAGUUAUUCUGUACAAUUUAAUUCAGUAUGACCUAUAUUAAAUGAAAAACUGUAGCUAAAGAAGUUAUGUUCACAUGUACAGGUAAGUAUAUUGAGCAUUCUGUUCAUUUUAUGUUCAAAAAGUUGUAUAAUAAAAAGGAAGCUUAAAAAUCCAGAUCUUGUAUAGUUGUCUAGAGAUCUGCACAGAAGAGUGUUUCACUUUGAGUCAGAAAGAUCUUCCCAGUCAUUAUUUACAUUUUUUGUGGGUUUUAUAAUUCUUAUCUCCUAUCAUGCAUUUUUAAAAACUGCGUCCAUAGUAGAAAUGCACAAAAAAUUGUUUUCACAACUGUAGCAUGAACAAUUUUAGUUAUUUAAAAAAAACAUAUAUAAAAAUGAAUUACCAAGUGAAAAAUCUGCUUUUUAUUAUACAUGGGAUUUUUUCCCCCGUCACCUUUCACUUUUACCUUCCCUAGAGAACAGUGUUUAGUUUGGGAAAAAGAAAACAAGUGCAAACAUGUUUACAGUGUUGGCGCUUACAGUGAUGAAAAAGGGGGUUGUAGGGAUGUUUAGUCACUGGCUCCUUAAAAUAUGAUGGGAAAUGGAAAUCACAUCUUGAUAACAUUUUGUUUGCAAAGUCAUAAAUUCCUCGUCAAUGGAGCAAAAGAAUAGAAGUACUGUUUGUAUUUAGCAUAGUGUAAAAUAUUGUUUGCUUUCUUCUAAAACAAUACAAAUCCCACUUUGUCAAAAUAUAUCUUUGCAUUGAGACUGUUUCAUAGCACAAAGUAAUCUGAAACGUUGACCAGUUGUCAGAGCUAAUAAAUGCCACCUCAGGAAUUUUAACUGGUUUUUGAAAUAUUCUCCCCCCCCCCCGCCAGAAAAAGAGUCAAGACGGCUCCAUAUACUUUAUAGCUAAGCAUACUUUGUUUAUAACAAUAGAUUAUUACUUCUGUGAUUGUACAAAUUUUGUUCUCAUAUAUCUUCUGUUUUAAUAUUUUGCCCCAUUUAUUGUAUUUAUUCCCCAUCAUUACACCUGUAAUGUUCAGCUGUGCAUAGGUAUUUUGCCUAUGGAAGAAGGAAUGAAAUCCUUCAUUAAUUAGUGAUAUAAACUAUGUAAAACCACUAGUACUUGGUACAUUUUAAUAUUUGUUAUUUUGUACUGAAUUAAUCAUAGAGAUUGGUUGUGCAAUGUUAUUUAAUGUUGUAAUUACUGUAAUUUCAACAUAUGGGCCCCAUCUGCAGACUCCUGUGAAGAUUAGAAAAGUCAUUCAAAAUUGUCACUUUAUAAGUUCUUUUUUUAAGCUGUGGUAAAUUCUGUAACCCAAAAUUAGAAGGCUGUAAGUGUAACUAAAUGUGCCAUUUUGAGAAUGGCUUUCUGACAGAUGGACUUGACAUGCUGUACUGUACUGUGAUGUAGCUCUCUCUUCUGUAACAGUUCUGUUCUGAAAUGAACGUGUAUUGUUGCCUUAGAAAAAGGAUGGUGUUUUGGCAAGAAAGAACAGUACCCCUUUUUAUCUGGUGUUCCUUUAAAAGAACAACUUUUUUUGACGCAAGUCAUCCUAACUCACAUUCACUGGUGCACUCUAUUAAAAACUUACUUGAACUGUU